AUGUAUUACGAACUCAAAAUAAAAGAAACCAAAACUCUCAUUAUGACAAUUCUUACACUUCUGAUAGUGGUGGUGCCUAUUCAUUGGAUGAUUCAGGCCGGUCUAAGUGUUGUUACAUCGGAUGCUUGUUAAAGACAAUGGGCUAUUGAUUAGAAUAUGAAAGGAAAUCUUGAUGAAACUUAUGCUCGAUUUGCAAAGAAUUGUUAUUGAGUUUAUACGCAAAAUGUGCAAAUUAAUAUUUAUAAAUAAUGAAAUAAAAUCCCGUAGCACCACCUACAAAAUAAUAGCCAUAACAACAACCUCCUGCCAAGGAUCCUCCCAAAACUACUGGCAAACCUACUGAUUAAAAAUAACAACAACCAUAACAACAACAGCCGAUCCAAUAACCAAAAACUGUCCAGCCAUCUUCACCCAAAAAAGAAACUGUCAAAGCUGCCACUAAUGAUAUAGAUCACAUCCAAAAGAUGAAGCAAACAAUGAUGGACUUUUAAAAUAAGUAUUUUGAAACGCUCAAAAGUAAGCAAGAUUCCAUCUCUCAAAAGCUCUCUUUAAGAAAUGCCGAAAGGGUUGAAGAUAAAAUUCUUAAUGCAAUUCGCAAGGGAGUCUUGUAAUUAGAAAAUUCUAAAUAUAACUAUGUCGAAGGACAUAUGAUGGAUAAAAAAGUCUUGAUUGUUGAAAAAGAAAAAGAUCAAUUGUAAACCAAACUAUAAAAUGUUGAUACUGAAUUGAAAACACUCAAGAGCCAGAAAAUCAACAAUGCCUAUAGUGCCUAUAGUUAACCUACUCUCAAAUUGUAUAUGCAAGAAGAGAAUCUGAACAAGUAACAACAAGCCCAAGAGACAGUCUAGAAGAUCCAAAAUGAAGCCAAGACAAGAAGAGAAAAAACCAAUAAAAUAUUGAGUGAGAAAGAGAAGAGAGAGAAGGAAGAAGAAGAAAGGAAAAAAUUAGAAGAUGCUGUCAAAACGAAAUAAUUGAAAGAACAGUUACAUGCUAAAUUACGAGAAAAUAUAGAAGAUUUGAAAGCAAAAUAGAAACAAAGACUUGAGAAAAUGGAUAAAAUCGAAGAUGAAUAUUUCAAGAGUUUAAAUGACAAAUUAUCUAAAAUGAAUAAAGAAAGAUCAUUAAUUGCAUCCGUCGAUAUUCCUAAGGUUUAAUUGAAACCAUACAAAAAUGAGGGUUAAAAAAAGGAUAAAAAGAAAAAAAUUAGACCCAAAAGUGCAUCUCCCAAUAGUAAAUUAAUACAUCCACCCAAAAAAAUUGAAAUUGAAUAACCAUUGUAUAUGAGGGUACUCGAUAAGUUUAAUAAAAAAAUACAAAAAUAACAGGAAAUUGUGAAUUUGGAAAGGAAAUUGAAAAUGGAAAAGAAUGAAUUUUAUAAUUAAGAAUAUGAGGAUCACAUGAAAGAAUAUUUAAAGAAACUUAAAAUGAAAAAAAGAGAAUAUGAAGAAAAAAGAAUGAAGGCCCUUGAAAAAUUAGGUUUAGAAGCUGGUAAAUAUAGUUAAAAUGUUAAUGCAAGUUUUGAUUCAAAGCUCUGGUUAUUAUAAGAGUCUAGAGUUAAUAAAUCACUUGAUGAUAUUUCAAUCAUACCCAAAGAGACUUUAAUUAAUUAAGCAAAAGAAAAAAAAUAAAAAAUCGUUGAUUAUGAUAAGAAAGUAAAAGAAACCAUUAAAAUUCAAAAAGAUAAAGAAAAAGAAGAAGAAUUAAUGGUUUAAAGGGAUAAAACAAUUCAUCCUGAGAGAUACAUUCGAAUGGUCAAAAAAAAUGAUAAAGAAUAAGAAAAAGAACCUGAGUUUGAAAUAUUCUAAAGACAAGAAGAAGCAAGAUAAUAGAAAGAAAAAGAAACUAAAGAAAAAGAAUUGGAGAGAUAUAGAAAAUUAUAAGAGAAAGCUAAAAAGGACCUUGAAUAGUCAAUCAUAUUGAGUAAAUAGAAAGAAGAAGAUAAGAAGAAAAAGGAUGAAUUUGAUUACGAAUAUGAAGAAACCCUAGCCAAAUAAAAAGGAAAGGAAUAUUUAAAAGAAUUUAGAGAAUUACAUUAAAAGGCUCUCGAAUUAGAAAAAGAAGAGAGAGAAAAAUAAUUGAAAUUACUCCAAGAAUAAUAGAAAAAGAAAAAGUUAGAAUUACCUCAAAUCACUUCCACUCCAAAAAUUAUUAAAAACUAAACCUUAGGAACACUUGAGAGACAUGAUUAUUUAUAAGAAGUUUUGUAAUAAGCUAAAAAAGAAAGAGAAGAAAGAAAGGAAAAAGAAAGAUUAGAAAAGGAGGAGAAAAUUAAGGAAGAAGAAAGAAGAAAAGAAGAAGAAAGACGAAAGAGAGAAGAAGGUCUUGAGUAAUAAACACCAAGAAAAGUCGUUAACAUAAAUGAUUUAGAUGAAGAGUAGAAAGACGAAUUAAGAAAAAAGAAAUUGGCUUUGCAUAAUUAAAAGGUUGACAAAAUUAAAAAAAAAUAUAUUGAUGAUAAAACCUAUGGUGAACCAUCAUAACAAGAGAGUUACUUGAAAAAAAAGGCAGAUUAAGUAAAUAGAUUAGAAAAAUAAACUAAAAGCAUGGAAUCUAUAGUAGAAGCUUCUUGGACUACCAAACCGCUAAAAGCAGUAGAAAAAGCAUAAGAGGUAGACGCACUUUACAUUAAGUCAAUUCAAUAAAAAUUAAGUUUAUUAUCAACUGCUUAAAAAGCUUGA